AAAGAAAGCUAGCAAGAGGCACACUAUUAGAAAGUAAAAAAGUUUUAAAAGAUAAAAAGCAAACAGAAAAUAGAACACACAAGUAAAUAGAAAAGAAACAAGAAAAUGUGAAAAUAAAAAUCAGCUUUUUAGCAAUAAAAAAACAGCUCAGGCCAUAUGGAACAGAAAUGAAAAGGGGAAAGAAAAAGAAAAAAAGGCCACAACAAGUUCAAAUAAAGCACAGACCAACACGUACGUAAGGCCCAGAGUGAAGAAAAAGAAAGAAAAGAGCAAAGCCCAGGUAGAAACGGCAAUACAGGGGCCAGCGACUUGUGCGAGCGACUCGAACGUACAAAAGACAGAAGUUAAAGCGCGAAUCUGACGAUGGACUCGACUGAGACUUCGCUAAAACUCAGUCGACUGAGUUUUAGCGCAUCCGAAGCAAGAGAGCACCACGACCACGUACGUUCUAGUGUCCAAAAUUUUGUCCCCAAGAUCAUCAAUGGCGAAGAAGGUAGCUGGUGCUUCGCUCGGCCCCUUCCCUUUUGCGGACGUCGAAGCUGACUCAGGCUUGGUUUCCGACGUGCCGGAGCAGCUUCCAGAGGAGCACGCCGACGCCGACCUUGUGUCCGCCCUGCCCAGCGCGCCGAUGGCCAUGGGCCUGUCGAACCUCCGUCUCUACAAGGGCUUCUGGCUGCCGGAGUGGUCUGUCCCGGCGGCCGUCGCCCUACAGCGCCGCUUCGAGCCCCGCCGGGACGACGUCAUCGUGGCCAGCUUCCCCAAGAGCGGCACCACGUGGGUCAACGCCCUGACGUUCGCCACCAUGGCGCGGCGCGCCUACCCCGCCGCCGACGCCGGGCACCCGCUGCUACGCCUCAAUCCGCACCAGUGCAUCCCUUUCCUGGAGGGCCUCUUGGGCAGCCGGCGAGGGGAGGCCAAGCUCGAGGCGCUACCCUCCCCGCGCCUCAUGAACACGCACAUGCCGCUGGCCAUGAUGCCGCGAACCGCCGCGCCGCCGCCGGGCGGGGGCGGGUGCAAGGUCGUGUACGUCUGCAGGGAGCCCAAGGACAUGGUGGUCUCGCGGUGGCACUUCCACCGGCGGCUGCAUCCAGAGCUGCCGUUCGCCGACGUCUUCGAGGCCGUGUGCAGCGGCGCGGUGGCGUACGGACCGGCGUGGGACCACAUGCUUGGCUACUGGAGCGCCAGCACGGCGAGGCCGGACAGCGUCCUCUUCUUGCGGUACGAGGACCUGCUGCGGGACCCCGCCGAGCACGUCAGGGCGCUGGCGCGGUUCGUGGGGCUGCCUUUCUCCGGCGCCGAGGAGGAUGCCGGCGUCGUCGACGACAUCGUCAAGCUCUGCAGCUUCGGCCACCUCAAGAACCUGGAGGCCAACAAAACGGGCAACCUGAAUCCCAUGCUCCCGAUCCCGCGGGACGCGCUAUUCAGAAAGGGCGUGGCAGGUGACUGGGCGAACCACAUGACGCCGGAGAUGGCGCGGCGCCUGGACGAGAUCGUCGCGGACAAGCUCCAUGCCGUAGGGCUCGCCUUCCAUGAGGGACGACUCGACUGAAUGUCCAGUUCAAAAUUUUCCUGUUUGGUAAAAACAUAUGUUGAGCUCAAGUACAUGCAUAAACUUGAUGCUAGCACGGUGACAUGGCGUAUGCAUUUCAUUAAGCUACGGUAUAAGUAUAACAAUGUUUCUCUCUCAAAAAGAAAAAUGUUUCUCGAGAA